AUGGGGAACCUCAAAUUUCCCACGCUCCUUAUCAUGACCUCAACCUCCUUUUUUCUCGGCCUCCUCUUCUCCCUCUUCCCUUACGACUACCCCCUCCUUUGGGAGGCCGGCCCCGUGCCAGCCGCGCAUCUCGAUGCCGUGGAAGCCAACUACAAACUCCUAUACCACUGCCCCAAGAUCUGCUUCCAGAUCUUCCACUUCAUGAUCCUCGUGGGAUUGGGCGCGCUGAUCGCCAAACUCUACAAGCCCUCGGAGAGCAACAUGCUCUUCGACGGCGGCAGCCUCGUGCUCUUCAUGGUCGCCGUCAUCAUCUACCUCUCCAACAUCGCCAAGGGCCUGCGCAUCGUCGACCGCGGCGUCUACGGCAUCGGCAUGCCAGACCAGCCUGCCGAGGGCGAGCAGGAGUCUGGCGUCCCCUGGGGGAAAGGCGACGGGAGCGCCGGAAGCAGUGUCUUGGGGCGUGAGGAUAACCUCAAGGUGUUGGGCGCGAGCAACACGAUCUUGGCGCUGGUGCUGUUGGGUGUCCUGGUGCUGCAGGUUGGGCAGUGGUACGCCGAGCGCGCCGAUGAGAAGACCAUGAAGGAGUAUGCGGAGAAGGAGGCCCAGGAGGCCAAGGAAGCGGCGGGCAAGUCGGACAGGGCCACGAGUCCCAAGGAGGGCCGGAAGAACAAAUGA